UGGCCACAAAUGUGCCAUAUACACCUUUUUAUCCCUAAUAUACAUUCCAUAAAGCAUGGCUUAGUAAAAUUCCAGCAUCUUUGUAGUUCUUUCUCAAAAUUAGGAGUUUAUGCAAAUAAGGUAGAUAUAUAUUCUUGACAAAUCGCAAAAAAAAUAAAUUUGAUGCAAGUUUAACAGAACCUCCUCCACACAAGCUAGGCCGUUAAAUUAAAGAAAGGACUCUCAAAUGGUGCUGUUGUUGUCUUCUCUGAUUGCCCCUCCUCUUCCUCCCUAGAGAAGCUGAACAGAUAUACAUGGAAGCCUACAGUUUCCUGCUUGAUACGUAGAUGCUACCUUGCAAAAGUACUAUAUACUCAAUAGUGUGAUCAAGAAUCAAGGUAAGAUGAUUUCAAAUUCAGAAGAUAUGGAUUUGCAAGGAAAACAAGCAGGUGGAUGCGGCAGUGAGGCCGACAAGAUUUCCGAGGCAACAUCAUCCACUUCAUCAAGACAAUGGUCAGCAUUUAGAAAUCCAAGGAUUGUUCGCGUCUCCCGGUCUUUUGGAGGAAAAGAUAGGCAUAGCAAGGUUUGCACAGUAAGGGGACUGAGGGACCGGCGAAUUAGGCUUUCUGUACCCACAGCCAUUCAGUUAUAUGAUCUUCAAGAUAGGCUUGGCCUUAGUCAGCCUAGCAAGGUAAUAGAUUGGUUGCUUGAUGCCACUAAAACUGAUAUCGAUAAGUUGCCUCCACUUCAGAUGCCUCCAGGGUUUGGUCAGUUCCACCAGCCAGUGCUAUUUUCUCAUCAAUCAAAUAUUGCAUCUCCCUUCUUUGAUCCCAAUUCUACGUUUAUCAAGGACGUAGGAUAUAAUUCAUUAGGGAUAAAGAUCGAUACUGGUACUGCUGGUCUUGAUGGGCAGGUUCAAAACAGUAGUACUACUAUGCCAAGAUCAAGCUAUAGCAGGGAUAUAGAAGCUUCAAUAAGAGCAAAAAGCAAGCAAGAUGGCACUAUUACUGAAAAAGGAAAGUCCAUAAAAACAAAUGAAGAUGGAGAAAUUGGAAGUUACAGUUCUACUGGACAGGUCCCCGCUCAAAAUUUCUUUCCUUCAGCCAAUCGUUCUACCAUACCAAGCUUGCUAUACAAUUCUACUGUGCCCUUCAACUCCUAUCAUUGGGAUGCUUCGAAUUUAUCUCUAUCUACACAAUUUGGAAGCCAUGGAUUUAUCUCUCAAACAGAAAAUUCCUUGGACACCCCAUCAUCACUACCUCUCUCUUCUGGCUCUCAAUUAUUUUUCUGCCCACCUCCACCAAUGCCAUCUCUCUUUCCAUCCUAUCGUCCUUGUGUUAUCACUCCCUCAGAGAAUGAGUCCAGAGAUAUGAACCAUUUCCAAUUAUUGAGCUCAAGUUCGUCACAGCAUAUCUUACCGAUUUCUCUGACAAUGAACUCAACAACAAAACCUUUUUCCUUGAAUCUAAAUCCUGGGCUUCUUCGUUUGCAAAAAAAUAACGAAAGCAAUCCUGAUGAAGAUGAUGCAGAAUCAUAAAUAUCACCCUGCAUGGCUGGGUUUUUUCUUUACUUGGUUCAAGGAUGGAUGUUGAAAGCAGACUAUAUAAACAUGUACCUCAGCAGGUCGUCAAGUGAUCAGAGUACAGUGAGAGUUUAAAGCUCAUCGAGCUAUCACAUUAUUAUGUUCUCUUGUGUUACCCUCUAAACAUCUUGCAGACACAUGCAAUCAAACGUUGUAAGAUGCUACCUUACAGCAUGAAUUAUUUCCUAUCCGUACGCGGAUUCAAGCUAUAUAUGACAAUACAAGUAAGACACUAGACACUUCUAUCUUCCUGUAGCUUGAUAUGCAAGUAUUUAUUUAGCAGACAGUACUUUUGUCUAUAUAUAUAAACUAUGUUCUUUUAAGUUUCUGUAAAAGUUACUAAAACGAAAACCAAGUAUGAUGUGCUUUGAGUUACAACCUUUGGAUUUUACA